AUGUCUCUGCUGGGGAUACCGCAGGAGCUCUUGAACACGAUCACAAAGGAUCUCGAUUACGCGUCGAUCACCCUCCUUCGGUGGACAUGCAAAUCUCUCUACCACAAAGUCGACGUGGCCAACAACACCGGAGCUAGGGAGCGGCCGCGGGACGGAAAGAUCUACAACAUGUACGACUUGAUCCAGCUAGAGCUGUGGCCUUGCUACGAUCCGAACUGGCAUGGAGGUCAUGGCCCCAAGCACUCGGUCGACUCAUUUGCCUGUUCUAGCUGCCUCAAAAUCCGACCGGCGCGCCACUUCUCAAAUGCCAUGGUGAGGGGCCGUCGAGGCAAGGAGUCCCAGAAUCCCGCGAAACUUCGACGCUUCUGCAUUGCUUGUGGCGUCAAGACUCGCCAGUAUCGGCCAGGGAUGAAGUUGCGUUACGGACGCUCAAAUGGAUGCGAAGGUGGAUGUGCGUUGGUCUGUCCCAAGUGUCACUGGUUCAAGACUGUGUCAAGCGAAGCCGAGAUGUUGACAAAGUCAUGCGGUGAUUGUUCAGCUGGGGACGAUCUCCAGUGA